AUGGCCCUCUCUGACUGGAUCCAGAAAGCUCCUAAAAUACCAAUGCCUACUCCCCUCGCCUUUAUCGGAUUCCUCUCACUGACCUGGGGCACCCUCGCAUUCAUACGCCAAGCAACCGUCUACUUACUCCCAUGCACACUCCAACAGUACAACUCUACCGAAAAAAAGCCUAAAAGAGGAAACUGGGCCCUGGUCACUGGAGCCACAGACGGAAUCGGUUUCGGCUUCAGUCAAGAGCUUUGCGCGCGCGGCUUCAACGUCAUCCUGAUGGGCCGCAAUGAAGACAAGCUUCACAAACGCGCCGACGAGCUACGACAGCAAUUUCCGUCGCGCGCAGUCGAUAUUAUAGCCAUGGACGCAGUGCCCGUGACUUCAGCCGUGGAUCAAAUCGCGACUGGACUACCGGGUAAGCUUACCGUGUUAGUGAAUAACGUCGGUGGCGAAUCGAAGCCGUAUCUACCUCUCGGGGACUACACAUUUGAGGAGGCGCAGGCGACGAUUGAUAAGAACGCGGUGUUCAUGGCGCAGCUUACGCGCGCUUUGCUUCCUGUGCUGUCGAGGGCGGAACGCAGUCUGGUGUUGAAUGUUUCGUCGAUGGCCUCGUGGGGACUGCCGUAUAUAUGUAUGUAUGCGGCGUCGAAAGGUUUUGUGGAUUCGUUUACGCGGGCGCUGCAAGGAGAAUGUGCGGCCGAGAAGAACGGGGUGGAUGUUCUGGGGUUGAGGGUUGGGCCUACUUCGACACCGGGCUAUCAUCAGCCUGCGAGCAUGUUCGUACCGACGGCGCGGGUGAUGGCUAAGGCUGGAUUGGAUCGUGUGGGAUGUGGGAAGACGAUUGUUUGGGGGUAUUUCUGGCACUGGUUGUCAGGGCUUUCGCUGAUUGUGUUGCCGCGUUUCAUGAUGAUGAAGGUCUUGGCGCAGAAGAUGAGAACGUUGAGGAAGGAGGAGGAGGCAAAGUCAAAACAGUCUUGA